ACCUGUUGGAGCCGCUCACGCUCAGCCGCACCCUCCUGGCCUCGCCUCCACCGGGACAGCGCACCUUUGACUGUGUGUUGCCAUUACAAAACAGCACCCCACGUGAAGCGCGGCCAGUGCCGCAGCGGCGCAGUUGCUAGGCGUGAUAGCCGAAGAGAACAGCCAUGUGUGACGCGCUUCUGGGAGCUCCGUUCAAAGCAACGAUGCUUUAGUCAAUCAGGCAGAACAGACAAGCCGCAGUUAAGAAGAGGAAACUGUACAAAAGCAAAGCGAAGUAAGAAGUGACUGCAAGUACCGGGAGUUAAAGGACGCUAAGAAUCCGAGAUGGGUGAGCCUCUGCAGGUCCCAGCCGAAACAUCAUGCGCGCCAGGAGCUGUGUUUCAGGUUGCUUGUCCAGCUUCCCAUAUUCAAGCUCUGUGUCAAGUUUUUAAUGUAUCACUAGUUAAAGAAAUAAUUGUCCCAAAGGAUGUAAACAUUUCAAGUCAGAGCAGCCUGGAAAAAAUGUUGCUAGUAAGUGAAAGAUACAGUAUUUACAUCGGCUUGGCUCUGGCUGUAAGCUCCAGUUUAUUUAUUGGCUAUAGUUUCAUACUGAAGAAGAAAGGCUUACUGCAGUUGUCAAAAAAAGGAUCCACCAGAGCUGGCCAGGGAGGACACGCUUACCUGAAGGAAUGGAUAUGGUGGGCUGGCCUAAUUUCAAUGGCAGCAGGGGAAGCAGCUAACUUUGCAGCCUAUACAUUUGCUCCAGCAACACUAGUGACUCCUUUGGGUGCUCUGAGUGUUCUAAUCAGUGCAGUGCUGUCAUCCUACUGUCUGAAUGAGCAUCUAAACAUUCAUGGAAAACUUGGCUGCAUGCUUAGCAUUCUAGGAUCUACUAUAAUGGUGAUACAUGCCCCCCACGAAGAAGAAGUGAAAACACUGCAUGAGAUGGGAAUAAAACUGAAGGACACAGGUUUUAUAGUAUUUGCUGUUUCUGUAAUCACAAUAUCACUACUGCUCAUCUUCAUUGCUGCACCACGAAAAGGGCAAACCAAUGUCCUUGUUUUUAUCUCCAUAUGCUCUUUGAUAGGAGCAUUCUCUGUAUCUUCAGUAAAGGGCCUGGGCCUUGUCAUCAAAGAUCUUCUGGAAAACAAGCCAGUUUACAAAGACCCACUGGCCUAUAUCCUUCUGCUUAUUUUAAUCAUCUCUGUUAGUAUCCAGAUAAACUACCUCAACAAAGCAUUAGACACAUUUAACACCUCUAUAGUGACCCCUUUGUAUUAUGUAUUUUUUACUACUGUUGUGGUCACUUGCUCAGUCAUUCUCUUCAAGGAAUGGAACAACAUGAAGGUGGAUGACAUUAUUGGAAGUCUCAGUGGAUUCUGCACUGUCAUCAUUGGAAUUUUUCUUUUACAUGCAUUUAAAGACUUGAAUUUAACUUGGGACCAGUUGCUCAAUUUAACAAAGAAAAGUAGCUAUCAGUCUGCAAAGAAUGGAUCCGAUGACCAGAACACUCUUUUAGAGGACAUUGAAAAUCAGUAAAGAAUAAAGGAUGAAAUUGAAUCUUUAAAGAAAAAGUAUUUUCAUACUAUUUAUAGAAAUGAUGGAGAGACAAAACAAUGUGUAUAAACCAGCUGCAUCAUUUUAUUAAAUGACUAAACUAUUUUUUAACAUUUCCCUGGAAUUUCAAGAGCAUUUAUAGCCUGGAAACAUUACACCACAUUUUAAAGUUAUGCAGUGUGUUGAGGGAGUACUAUUGUGUCUGCCAACAUCCAGUUUCAGGUGUUUACUUGAUAAACUGCCUAUGUGCAUUGAAAAAUAACAAACAGCUACCUAGAAAAAGUUUAAUUUUAUUACAUUCUGUGUUUCAUUUUCUAAGAUAUUCUUGAUUUCUGCUGUUGGUGGCUGCCUUUACUAGCUUUGAAUAUUACUUUUGGUACAGAAAUGGCAAAUUACAGUUAUAUUUAAGACUGAAAGAAUGAACUCCAGGUUUUGGUGAACAUUGGAAGAGCAAUGUCCAGAUAGAAUUGUCUUUUUCAAAGUAAACCUGGUCAGAACAAACUCAAACCAUCAAUAGAAAGUAUGCACAAUUGGUUAUGGAAAAGCAUGGCCAAUUUUUAAACAUGGCCUAUCACCAAUAAAACAUCACAGAAGACGUUACUUCUUGUGUACUUAUGGCCAUGCCUAAAUCAAUUACUUUGUCAGAUCUUCCUCAUUAUAAAGAGAAGAAAAUGGGGGUGAGUUAAAUAUUUACUUUUGAGAGAAAUUUUUUAAUUUCAGACUAAAAAAAAGUAAAAAUUUAGAAAGGAUGAGCUACACAAAUAUUUUGAAUUUGAAAUUUAUACUGAAAGAAAUACAUGUUUAAAGGGUAUCUACUAUACUGUAAUUGUUUAAAACAAAAAGUUUUUAUAGUACUGUUCCUUGUUCCUGUGUGUAUAACCAGACAGACUUCUUAACUUUUUCUAGUCUAAGUGCUAAGGUUUAGUACAAAGGGGAGCAUACAUCCCCUUGCAUCUGUUUUUCAAAAUGAAUAAAUAAGUUGCAAAGUAAAAACAUUGCACAAGGUCAGUUUUACAGCACAAUUGUAGUAAAAGGAUGUCCUUAGCGUACUUAGUGCUUUACAAUAUGCAAGCUUUCGAGGCAACUCAGGCCCCUUCUUCAG